CUCGCUACGUGGAACUUUUUGCACACGGCCGAGCACCCUCGACCUAAAGAUCCGCUGCCAUACUACUACUCCGCUCAAGCAAGCGAGCAGUAUGUGGUAAGGUAUGCUCCCGCCUCGACUCUCCACACGGCUCUUCUCCACCACGGCCCGCCUCUGUGCCAGACCGCCCACAGAGCUACUCGCCCUCUCCAAGCUCGACUCGGAUGCCCACCAUGCCUUGGCCAGCGCCUGGGUCAGAGACUUUGUGGUAGAGGACAUUCCCAGGUCAGGCUACACGGAGACGAGGAGCCGAUCCAGUGGGCCAGGCGGUCAACAUGUCAAUAAGACCGAGUCCAAGGUGACAUUGAGAUGCGAGCUGGACCAAGCGGUCGGGCAGUGGCUUCCAAAAUUCGUUAUGCCAGCUCUCGUCAAAUCACCGUACUACCAUCCCAGCCCUCCUUGCAUCCUCGUCUCGUCCCAGAAGGAACGACACGCGCCCCUCAACCAUGCCACCGCCCUUGGCGAGAUAUCGAGAAUCAUCUCACAAGCAGCAAAGUCUCUGAUUAUCAAUCCUACUUCACCUCAACAGAAAGCUAGGGUGAAGGAUCUCGAGAGACGGGAGAAGGCAAAACGCAUGGAGCUGAAGAAGAGGCACAGUAUGAAGAAGGCUAGUCGGAGGGAAUGAGAUUCUAUGGCUCCUUUCUGCUGUCAUGUCAGGCAUGUGAUUGAGGCAUUACAAUACAUGCAACAUCAUCAUCUGAAUGUCUCUUUGAAAAUUCGACAUGUCGUACAUACUGCACAACAUGCUCAACGAGUCUUGGCCUCUUUCGAUGUAUUCUA